GAAAGGGCAGUUUCCGUUAGCCGCUGAAGGCUGAGGCGCGCCACCGGCCACCUCCCCACGUGAAGCAGUUGUGCGAGCUUCGCCACGCCGGGCAGCUGUCUACCCGCGUCCGAGCGCCACGGAAGCGGCGGGGGACCGGAAGUGGCCCGCGGAGGCUGCAGAGCUAGUCCGGGAGCCCGCUGUGAGGCCACUGGCAGCUCUACGACGGCGCCAUGUCCCUGAUCUGCUCGAUCUCCAACGAAGUGCCGGAGCACCCCUGCGUGUCCCCCGUCUCUAACCAUGUGUAUGAGCGGCGGCUCAUUGAGAAGUACAUUGCAGAGAACGGCACAGAUCCUGUCAACAACCAGCCUCUCUCAGAGGAGCAGCUCAUCGACAUCAAAGUUGCUCACCCAAUCCGGCCCAAGCCUCCCUCUGCCACCAGCAUCCCAGCCAUUCUGAAAGCCUUGCAGGAUGAGUGGGAUGCAGUCAUGCUGCACAGCUUCACUCUUCGCCAGCAGCUGCAGACAACCCGCCAGGAGCUGUCCCAUGCUCUGUACCAACACGAUGCUGCCUGCCGAGUCAUUGCCCGUCUCACCAAGGAAGUCACUGCUGCUCGAGAAGCUCUGGCUACUCUGAAACCACAGGCUGGUCUUAUUGUACCUCAGGCCGUGCCAAGCUCACAGCCCAGUGUUGUGGGUGCAGGAGAGCCCAUGGAUUUGGGUGAGCUGGUGGGAAUGACCCCUGAAAUUAUCCAGAAGCUUCAAGACAAGGCUACUGUGCUAACCACGGAGCGUAAGAAGAGAGGAAAGACUGUGCCUGAGGAGCUGGUGAAACCUGAGGAGCUGAGCAAGUACCGGCAGGUGGCAUCCCAUGUGGGGCUACACAGUGCUAGCAUUCCUGGGAUCCUUGCUCUGGACCUCUGUCCUUCGGACACCAACAAGAUUCUCACUGGUGGGGCAGAUAAAAACGUUGUUGUCUUUGAUAAGAGUACUGAGCAAAUCCUGGCCACUCUCAAAGGCCAUACCAAGAAGGUCACCAGUGUGGUGUUUCAUCCUUCUCAGGAACUGGUGUUUUCUGCAUCCCCAGAUGCGACUAUCAGGAUUUGGUCGGUCCCAAACACUUCUUGUGUACAGGUUGUUCGGGCCCAUGAGAGCGCAGUGACGGGCCUCAGCCUCCAUGCUACUGGAGACUAUCUCCUGAGCUCCUCUGAUGAUCAGUACUGGGCCUUCUCUGACAUCCAGACAGGGCGUGUGCUCACCAAGGUGACAGAUGAGACUUCUGGCUGCUCUCUUACCUGUGCGCAGUUCCACCCUGAUGGGCUCAUCUUUGGAACAGGAACCAUGGACUCCCAGAUCAAGAUCUGGGACUUGAAGGAGCGCACCAAUGUGGCCAACUUUCCUGGCCACUCUGGCCCCAUUACCAGCAUCGCCUUCUCUGAGAAUGGGUACUACCUGGCCACAGCUGCUGAUGACUCUUCAGUCAAGCUCUGGGAUUUACGCAAGCUGAAGAACUUCAAGACACUGCAGCUGGACAACAACUUUGAGGUGAAGUCACUGAUCUUUGACCAGAGUGGUACCUACCUGGCUCUUGGGGGUACAGAUGUCCAGAUCUACAUCUGCAAACAGUGGACAGAGAUUCUUCACUUUACAGAGCAUAGUGGCCUGACUACUGGAGUGGCCUUUGGGCACCACGCCAAGUUCAUCGCUUCAACCGGCAUGGACAGGAGCCUCAAAUUCUACAGUCUGUAGGCCCUAUGCCUUCUCACAAUCUGGGCCUCAUCUCAGUAGUGGGUUAGAGUUGGGGGGUGGGACCUUAGGAGGAGGGAGGUCUGGUGGGUGGGGGACAUUCACAUCAUUUCAUUCUGUUCUGGAUGAUGGUCUGAGCCAGGGCACAUGGAACACUGCUAUCCAUGCAGCCUUCGGGCCCUAGGGAACAGACAUGGAGGAACUGUCACCCUGUGAAUGCUCAGAGUUGGAGUCCAGCACCUCCCCCAGUAGUGGCAGCUGUUCCAUGCCUGCUCUGUUUCAGCUCUUCUGAGACAGGGAGGUGAGCCAAGGGAACUGUGAAGGGGAGGGGCAGGAGGGCUCGUGCUGGUUUUUGUAAGCAGUGAUCUAGUUUCAUUAAAAAAAAAAAUCCACACAGUAAA